AUGGCUUCCCACGCGGAUCAAGAGGUCUCCUCCGAACUGGGCCGUGCCCCUGCACCAGAAACCCUCACUCUCCUUUUCAAAUGCCACAAGUCAACUACGUUAUUAUCAGUGCAGCCGACCAGACCUUUCGCCGACAUCAAAGUGCUGCUGCUCGGCGCCCUGCAAGCGCGUGGCCUCAAUACUCUGCCCGGGUCAACAUUAUCGCUUCCUGAGAACGCCGAUGAUCUAGAAUUUGGGGUUCUGGCAGACAAGAAAGAUGCAAGCAAAGGAUGGGUCUCACUCAAGGUCAAGGAAAAGGUGUUGAUAGGCAGCAGAGGAGGCAAAAAGAAGGUGGGGGGCAACAACAGUGUGAUCAAUGAAAGUCCAUUGGCAGCAUCAUUGACUGAUGGCUCAUGGGUGGCAUACCGGCUGAAAGCCGCAUCCAAGGAGAUGCAAGGCGAUGAGGAAGAUCUCUUCGACGGAACACCCGAGGUUGAAAUGGAAGAUGAUGGGGAAUGGGAUGUUGUGCUACCAUCUUUCGAUGAUGAAGAUGCGGAAUGA